AGAUUGGAUUUUGCCCACAACAACCAACGCUCGUAAUAUCUACUGCCACAUCACGAUCAAGAGACUUUUAUCGAAUGCCUAGCUAGCCAAACUAACAGCACAGCAAGCUCCUGAGUGGCGCAAGAUUGUGGUAGCCCCGAUUCUCGGAGCUGCUACAGCAUCGCACGGAGCUUUCACCAAAAUGCACGCUUUAUCCGGCGAAACCACCUCUCCCGGCAGCAACUUCGUACUGAACUCGUCUUGUUCUAGAGGCGUCGUCCACGACUCUUUAUCCACAGUAAAUUUCCCUUACACGUGCAAAUGCAGUCUCUGCAUGACAAAACCUGCCUUCAAUCCUAGUCUAGCAUGACAAGUUGCACACUGCAAAUUAGCGAAAUUUGUCAUGCAUUUUGUACAUGUACGGGGAAUUUACAUUGCAUACUCUUCUACGUCCCACGACGAACACCAUCCGCGGUUUUCGAAGAAAUCCUCCUCAUCCUACUCGUAUCCUUUGCAAAAGCGUUGUACUCGUACUAAUUGCGUUCAUGCGUCACAGAUAUCUGUGUUUAGCUUUCUGAGCAUGACAAUGACAAAUUAGAUUUUUGCUCUUGGCAACAUUUGUCAUGCGAUUUAUACUAAGUUGUAGUGCGAUACUUUUGCAAUGCAUAACUUCCGCGCAACCCGGUGUGGCAGCUUCGAUUCCACCACCACGAUGGAUCAGACAGGAUGCUCGUCCUACGUCGGUUUAUCGCAGGGUAGCAGGUCGGAGGAGGGGGAUCAGGAAUUGCGCAGUGUUCAUCUCGGAGAAGUGGAACAAGUAGACGACACCUUUGCGAAGUUGCAGGCCGACAUUGCGCCCUUUUUGCAGCAACUGGAGGGAGCGGGAGGUAUUCAUCGCAGGGUCGGUAAUGAUAAUUUUCACAACACAUUGAUAUGUGGGUUUCAUUUUUCAUGAGCUGGCCGCAAGACAGAUCGAAGUCGAACACACAGUAUCUAUAGGAUGGCGCUCUACAGCUAUGCUUUUGAAAUAAGACAAUUAUCAGUGCAAACUGAACACAUAUCAGCGCCGGCAAGUAACGUCACUCGAAACCACCAGCUGGAGUGCGACCCGUGGGCAGGGACUUUGAUUGAGACCGGAACAAAUGGUGGAGAGCAUGCGGGUACUCUUUUUUCGGAAAUGCAGGACAUCAACAAGCUAGAAUUGAAGUAGUUGAAUGAAGUUGUUAUUUAAACACUCAUGACUCAUGGUUCUGUGGUAGUACCAGUAUGGGCACUAUGUGCUGACACGACGGACGAAUGCAAUCACAAGCUGCCUUCGACGUUCUUGACUACACCAGGUCCAGGAGCACCAUCUUGGGCAAACGACUCCUCCAAUCCGGCUGCGUUAAACAACCAUUCUUCCAUUCCCUCUCUAAACGCCAGCUUUUCUACCAACAGCUACCACAGUGCUUUGAGCACCAGUGUCAACAACAAUAACGGAAAGACCACGACGACGACCUCCAAUGGAAAUAAAGGAUCACAUGGCAGCAGCUUCUGUGGGACUACAUCGAAUGGAGGGGGUCCCAUGAUCCAGAAUGGCAAAGGCCAGGCAAAAAAUGGUGUUGAUUCAGCUACAUCUUGGAACGGCAAGAGCGGCACUACAGGUAACCGGCCGAGGAAACUACAGCACGCGUACACGUACAACGGCCCGGCAGAUCACGACCCGCGGUAUGACAGUUAUUACGGGUCAGCGUCAGGUCAGUAUCAUGGAAGCGAAGUAGAGGGGGAUACUUACUACAAGGUGUCGGGCUACACCAAAGGCAAGGGCGGCGCCGUGGCGAAGAGCGGUUGGAACAAGAAUGGGACCAACGGCUACAAGCAGCAUGCAAAUCCACAGAACAACGGCCGCUCCGAUAGCUACAACACAAACGAUAGCAACGGCUCCUCAAACGGCGGCUACAACUGUGACCAGCAGGACAAGAAUUUUUACCCAGACAGAAGCUACAGCAACGGAACUUCUGGAGGAGCUGCGAACGGUUUGUACGGCUACAAAGGUGGGAAGAUGAAUCCGUCUACUACCUAUGUGUCAAACAAAAAUGGCGGGAAAAACGGCGCAGCCGCAGGUCCUUCUGGUUGUAGCUACAGCAAUGGCGCAGGUUACAGCAACGGCCAGAACGGCGGGACAAGUGGGACGAGCAUCAAAGGUGGCAAAGGCGGUGGUCAAAAGAACUACCACCAUAUUACCUCCGGAGCGUGGACGACCACUGCGGCUAGCGGCAAAACUCUUUCCAGUUACAGGUCUGCAUCCAACGGCACGACAUCUUCGACGUACCACCAGGAAAAAACUACACCCUCAUUCGCGGGAUUCAAUGGCCAUUGGCAACAAAACCAGCACUGGGACUACAGUAGUCAUGAUCAAGUAGGCGGGGGCGGCGCUCCUGUACCCCCGUUCAUCAACAAGAGCAAAAGCCACCCGAAGAGGCUUCUGCACCGAUCUGCUACGACGGCAGGAACUACAACGACGACAGUUGGAGGUUCUACUUACGGUGCAGCGAAUUAUCCCUCCGUCCCCUCAACGACGAGUCACAGCAGUACUAUUUACGCGACGACAAAUUCCGAAUUUCUCGAAGCGGCCGGGCAUUUGAAACCGAAAGCGGCUUUGGAGAGCAGGAGCUGGGCAAAUUUGAAGCAGUUGAGUCGGAAACACACUUUUGAUGCGAAGAAUUGGCACAAGUAUAGAAAUUUCGCGCAAUUUGAUAUUUCGUUUCUUUAUGGGAAGAGAUUCUCAUUUUCCACACGUUUCAUCUUGUGGUGUUUGUUUCCGUUGCAUAACUGCUACAACAGGGUUCCUACCUUUAGUUCAGGCUGCAUCAAAAGCGAAGUUAACAAACAAAUCAUCCAAUUCAAAUAUCUAUUUCUAGGUACACCUAUUACGCCAUCCUGGAUUUCGAGGCGACUUGCGAACACGACCACUCGAUUGAGCCCGAGGUCUAUGAGAGUGCACAACUCCUCCUCCCCCUCGUUUGUCAUGCAAAAUCCUAAUCCCAGUCGCUGCCUUGAUGCCUUGUGGCACUUGUGUUAGCAUGACAAAUUUCGGAAGCUGCCCAAACAGUACUACAUAAGGUGCAUAAAGUUGUCAUGCAUAGGCUCCACGUGUGCUGUUGUUUGUAUUGCUGUCCAUGCCAUACAACAAAUGAGGGGCAGGAGGGGGAGUUGUGGACUCUCAUAAAGUCAUCGAGUUUCCCACGGUUAUUCUGGACGUAGAAACUUUAGAGGUCGUUGCCGAAUUUCGGAAAUUCGUGAAGCCGGUGUUGAACCCGAAACUGAAAUACUUUUGCCGAAACUUGACGGGGAUUACGCAGGAAGAGGUCGACAACGCGGGGGAUUUUCCGGGGGUUUACCAGGACUGGAAGGGCUUUAUGGCGCACUUUCCGAACUCACUGUAUAUUUUGAUUUUGUUGGUUCUCUCGUUCUUCUUCAGGGUAAUACUAAAGUUGCUAUUUGUAAUAUCUUCUGUAAUAUGAUUCUACGGUGUAGAAGGUUCUAGCCGCGAAAAAGCGUAUACUAGAUGGUGUCGAGCAGACGAGUCAUUCACUAAAAUUAGGUUGAUCACCUGUGGUGACUGGGAUGUGGAAACGAUGCUUCCUGGCCAGCUGAAGCUCUGUAUCAGAAAGAAAAAAGGACCAGCAGGCAGGGCAUAUGCAUAUCAAAGGGUAAAUCGCAAAAAAAAAAAUGUCAUGGGCAAGCCUACAGCAUUCUGCUUAGGAUAUUACGCGACGCAGAUUUUUCUGUGUGCUUAUUUUUGCGUAUACAAUGUAGUUGCCCUGCCCGCGGCUUUUUUGUGUGGGAUACUCUGUGGCUUGCCGGAUGACGUGGAGCGUUCGUUCUGCAACAUCAAAAUAAUUUUCGCGAACUUGCUGGGUGACCCGCGGAAGCACAAGAAUUACGUCUACUAUCGGAACAACGUACUAAGUAGUCGAGUAAUGAUAUAUGAUUUGCUUUGUUUUUCAGCUUGUUCUCUCAUCUGGCCUUUGUUUAUUAUGAUUUUAUGCAUGACCAUGUAGAUGUGGACAAUCUUCACAAUUGUCCACCCCGUUCAUGAUCGUGAUCCAAAGCUGCAUGCAUAACAAAGCUUCACCAAAAUCGGACCAAAAACCACACGACUUCACAGAAACAAGACGCCAUGGUGAUUAUGCUCGAGGCCUGCGCGCUCCAGCUCGAUGGCCGUCACCACUCCGGGCUGGAUGAUAGCAGGAAUAUCACAGGAAAAAAGUGUUACAGUUACACAUUUGCUGGAGUUUCUGCAUCACAAAGUUGCUCGACAUGGCCAACAAAACCUGUGAUGCGCAGACUACAAGGGAAAACACGAAUGCAAUGAGGCUGGCAAGCAUUUCCUGCAUGACAAAGGUUGUCUGUCUUGCUGGUCUUCCAUCAGAGUGUGUAACUGUAACACUUUUUUCUCAGGAUAAGGAACAUCGCGAAAAUAGUGAAGUACAUCGCGGAAAACUACGGCGAGCACUGUUUGGUUCCCACCACCUUACACGGCGAAAGAAUGCUGGAGCGGAUCUUCUUUUGA